GUCAAUCUUAUUUUGGUAUACAAGUAUACAAAUAUGCAAUUUUCAGUGUAAUUUUGACUUCAACAUACACACCGAACGCACGAUAUUUCACUACCCUACCGGUUAUGGUAAAGUUAGUUCAACAAUAAAUUAAUAAAGUAAGAAGGAUUUUCAUGUUUUAAAAUCUAACAAGAAUUUUAGAUAAAAAUUAGUUUCAAUUUGGGGGUAAAAUGGCAGGCCCCGAUGUUGCAGCUUUGGCAGCGGACUUAGCUCGUGCGGUAGAGCUAACUAUGAGCUCUGAUGCUUCACAAGCUGAUCGAAUUAAAGCAUACAAUGCAUGUGAGAGCUUCAAAGAAACUUCUCCACUUUGUGCAGAGGCAGGUCUUUAUUUGGCUGCUGGUACUCAGUAUUCAUUAGUUUCAAGGCAUUUUGGAUUGCAAUUAAUGGAACACACUGUAAAAUAUAGAUGGAAUCACAUUUCACAGCAGGAAAAGCUGUUCAUUAAGGAAAAUGCAAUGAAGUUAUUAGCAGCUGGAGGUAUAAGUGAAGAGUCUCACAUGAAAGAUGCUUUAAGUAGAGUAAUUGUGGAAAUGGUUAAAAGAGAGUGGCCCCAACAAUGGCCAGGCCUUCUGGCAGAACUUUCUGAUGCCUGUGCUUGUGGAGAGACACAGACUGAACUUGUUCUUUUAGUGUUCCUUCGAUUAGUUGAGGAUGUUGCUCUAUUGCAGAUUCUCGAAUCAAACCAAAGACGUAAAGAUAUCUAUCAAGCAUUAACAACAAACAUGGCAAUAAUUUUCGAUUUCUUUUUAAGACUUAUUGAAUUACAUGUAAGUCAAUUUAGACAGCAAAGUGAUGCUGGUGAUGUUAAUAAAGCAAAUUCUCAUGGUCGUGUAGUUCAAGUGGUUCUUUUAACACUUACUGGCUUUGUUGAAUGGGUAUCUAUGACUCACAUUAUGGUCCAUGAGGGAAGAUUACUUCAAAUUUUAUGUUUACUCUUGAAUGAUGGUGCUUUUCAGUAUGCAAGUGCAGAAUGUCUUUUACAGAUAGUAAAUCGAAAAGGAAAAAUGGAGGAAAGAAAGCCUUUGUUGAUGUUGUUUAGUGAUCAAACUGCCCAAUGUCUUUUAGGAGCUUCAAAGUUACAAAAUACUAGUUUAAAUGAACAGCAGUACUUAUUUCAGAAACGGCUAAUUCAAGUUUUGACAGGACUUGGAACUCAGUUGUGUGCAUUAUGGGGCAAAGAAGGAGUAGGUCGCCCACAAAAUUUUUCUCUGUUCUUGGAUGCCAUUCUAGAAUUCUCAAGUCAUCCAAGUUUAAUUUUAGCCCAUUUAGCAAAUCCUCUUUGGAAUAGCAUGCUUAAACAUGAUCAUAUUUCACGAGACUCAGUUUUUUUGUCAUAUAUUCCUAGAUGGGUAAGAAUCACCUCUCCAAAAAUUGUUAAACUUAAUUAUCCACCAGGAAAGGCUACAUUGUCUUUGGAAGAUCCGGCAACUUACAUCAGAAUGGACUUCGAUAGUGACGAGGAAUUUUCGGUGUUCUUUCAUCGUUGCCGCUCUGAUUUUUUGGAUACCCUAAGGCAGGCAACUGUGGUCGCACCCUUGGUAACUUUUGGUUAUAUGGAACAGUGGCUCAUGAAAUGUCUACAAAUACCAAACACUACAUUUGGUUUAAGUAUCAAUGAUCCUUUACAUCUGGAGUGGGAAGCUUUGGGAGCUUGCCUGGAAAGUGUCCUUAGUCGGGUUUUACAAGCACAAGAAAGACCUUCCAUACCAACUGGUUUGAGAUUAUUACAGUUGUGUUUGGCAUAUCAACCUGCCGAUCCUCUUAUACUAUCUACUCUGUUGACAUGCAUUUCAGCGUUGUUUGUGUUUCUGAGUAUGUCUUCUGGACACAUGGCACCCCAAAUCAAUUCAGUUGCUAUCUCAGGUGCUGCUUUAUUGCCACAGGUGUUGGAAAAGAUAUUUUCUGCUUUGGUGUAUUCUCCUGAGGGACAAACGAAAGACACACGUACUCGAGCUGUUAAAAACGUUCGACGCCAUGCGGCCUCCCUCAUGGUUAAAAUAGGCAACAAAUAUCCAUUGCUAUUACUGCCAGUGUUUGACCAAAUUCGUUCAACAAUCGAAACGCUUUCAGCACCAAAUGCAUCAGCUCAACUUAGUGUACUGGAGCGUGUAACGUUGCAGGAAGCUCUUCUUCUUAUUUCGAACCACUUUUGCGAUUGCGAACGGCAGUGUACGUUCGUGGGAGAAGUUUUACGGGAAGCAAACACACAAUGGCUUGCGUUGGCGGGAGCCCGUGCGUUUGAGAAUGCGCGCGAGUUUGUACGAUUUGUAGGACUAGAUAAACCACCUGGUGAGGCUGGAGUUGAUGAUAAAACUGGUUCGAACCGUAGCAGUCUUGUUUAUUGUCUGAACUUGUUAGUGGGCGUGGUGAAGAGAUGCGCAUGGCCAGAAGAUCCGGAACGAGCAACAAGGGGCGGGUUUGUUGUGGCCUACACGGAAUCAGGUAAUCCAGUUUGUCGAAAUCCGGCGGCACCCCACGUCGUUCCUUUAUUGCCACAUGUUCUUUCCCUAAUUAGAAUAUUCAAUGAACUGUUUAUACCGGAGGUGCAAGCAAUUUUUAAUCAGGAGUACAAAGGUUGUCUGGCUAUGUUAGAUGUAGAACGGGCGAAUUUGCUAGGCCUUGUUGGUCAUCAUACAACAACAGAAUCGAAUGAUGUUCAAGGAAAUCAAACACCCUAUGAGAGAAUGCAACGGUUUCUAACAGGACUUCAUGAAAGCUGCUAUCACAUGAUGGGUUCAAUUGGACCGUCAUUAGGAAGGGAUUUGUAUUCACUACCCGAUUUAGGCCCUGCCAUUGUUAACAGUGUUCUCUCUUUUCUUGAGUUCAUUCCUGAAUACAGAUUGAGGCCAAUUAUUAGAGUAUUUCUAAAGCCGUUCUUUCAUGCUUGCCCUCCGAGUUUCUACGAGUCCGUAGUGUUGCCUGUUAUUGUGCACUUUGCACCCCUUAUGGUUAAUCGUUUAUAUACCAAGUGGCAAUACGUGAAUGAGCUUCGUAACAGAGAAGCAGCAGAUGAUAACAGUACUGAUACCCAGGAGGUUCUGGAAGAUAUUCUGACACGCGCGCUUACACGCGAAUACCUCGAAUUGUUAAAGGUAGCUUUGGUUGGUGGCAGUCUUUCUCCCGAUACUAUGGAGACUGAUGACUUGAGUAUGGAUGGACCUCCACCUCCUACACGAACUAAUAUGGCGACAGAGGUAAUUUCCGAUCUUGGUACGUUAUUACUGCGGUCGGAAACAACGUGCCAGUCGCUUGUAUUGGCUGUGUUAGGGGCUCUCGCUUGGUCCGAUAGUAAUGCAUCUCUUAAGGCCACGUACUUGGCAGGACCAGUGGUGCGACAGCUCGUUGCUGACCAUUCGCUGAAUGGUGCAAUGGCCGCGCAUGUCAUUGCUGCAAUUUUGAAUGCACUCACGUUACAUGGUCAGCAUGAUGCAAACCAAGGCUGUCUCUUAACUUUGGGGGCUCAAAUGUAUGAGAUGCUUAGGCCAACAUUUCCUGAGGUACUUUCUGUUAUGCAACAGGUACCAGGUGUGAAUCCGGUGGACUUGCAAAAACUUGACGAGCGUAUAUCUGGAUCGACCAGUAAAGGAAACAAAGUAGAAAAGGUCAAGAAGGAUUUAUUUAAAAAGAUUACGGGCACGUUGAUUGGUCGAAGUAUGGGUCAACUUUUCAAAAAAGAAGUUAAAAUACAAGACCUACCAAAACUCGAAUUGCCGAAAAAAGUGGGAAAAGAAGAAUUAGCGCCAGAUCUUCGAAACAUAUUCACCGUAUGACUUAUUGAGGUGCUGAAGAUCGAUUGUGUACUAUUAAUUUUUUGUUGUACAUUCCUAAAUUAUUAUUUUCCUGUCGACGUAAUACGCGGUCGUCGCAUUUGUAAAUACAUUUUGUUAUGACAUUUAGUUCGUAUGAAUAAAACAAUUAAUUUGU